GGGGGAUCAAAGGCCAGAGUCCAGCGUACGAACAACCCAACUAUUCAGGAUUGAGAACCGACGUUCUGUCCUCUGCUAUGCCUGCCUUCGGUGUCUCUCUGCGCUGAGAUCCGGAGUCUGAUGUACGUCCGUGCCACAGCCCCUUAGGAAUGGAGUGGGCAUUUUGUGUUACUGAGUGCGCCCGGCUCCUGUGUGGCGGGUCGAGAAGGGACCGUAACUAAAAGAACGUUCAGACGGAGCCAAAAGGAAGGCUUUACUGCGGAGGGGUGGGAGCGAGGGACCCGUCGGAGACUUAAUCGCCCUCAGAUGUGGUAACGGUUUUCCCCGGCAACCCUGCCAUUCUUGUUGGGACCUCUUAAUUCACUAAGUGGAUUUCACUGCUUGAGCUACGUGAGGAGCCGAGGUUUGGACACACACAGAGGAGACAGACCUUGGGGGGAAAAACACACAUUCCGAAACCGGCGGUCUGAGUUUCCUUGUCCUCAUUUAUCUACACCCGAGAGAAGAGGGAACAGAAGAGUUUUUGCGGAAUAUCUCCUGAUAUAGCAUGGCCUGCAUGCAGAGUACAGUCUUCUUUUUUGUUACCGUUUUUAUGGUCUGUGUUUCAUCUACUGCAGCAGGAAAUGAAACAGCGCCCCCUGCUGAGUGCGCAGACUUCAACACCACCACCUGGCGGGAGUACCAACAGGGAACAAAGCUGCAGGUGCAGUACCUCCUCCUCACCCGCGAAAACAUGGACUGCGCCACCAUCUUCAACAAGGAGUCCCUCUCUGACCCCCAGGAGCCCUCUCUCUUCAACUCCUCCCUCCCAACAAAAGUCAUCAUCCACGGAUACAGGGCGACAGGCAGUAAGCCCUCCUGGGUGAAGGCUCUGGCCGAGGGUCUGCUCCAUGCGGCCAACGUCAACAUUCUGGUUGUGGACUGGAUCUACGGGGCUUCUUUCGCCUACACCCGGGUGGUGCAGAACUACAAGGAGGUGGCUGUGCAAAUCUCCAUCCUCGUCAACGAACUUGUUAGUCAUGGCAGCAGUCUGGAGUCCUUUCAUUUCAUAGGAGUGAGCCUUGGAGCUCAUGUGUCAGGUUUCGUGGGAACAUUGUUUGGAGGGAAGGUGGGAAGAAUUACAGGCCUGGACCCAGCAGGGCCCAUGUUUAAAGGAGCUGACAUAUACGAUCGGCUCGACCCCACCGACGGCCUCUUUGUAGAGGCCAUCCACACCGACUCUGACUAUUUUGGGAUCUCCAUUCCUGUCGGACAUGUUGAUUUCUUUCUCAAUGGUGGGAUGGAUCAGACUGGCUGUAAACGCUCCAGCUUUGCGUCAGUUCUUGUCUAUUUUCCAGUGUACGGUUAUUUCAUCUGUGACCACAUGAGGGCAGUAUACGUCUACAUCAGUUCGCUGAACAGUUCAUGUCCCCUGAUCGGCUUCCCGUGUCCGAGUUAUGAGCGCUUCCUUGCUGGGCAAUGCACGGACUGUGAAAGAAUCUUCGAGGGCACCUGUCCACGAAUAGGACUCUUGGAGAAGGGCGGGAUCACCGUCUCUCCUUUGCCCCACCAAGAGAAGCUGUUCCUCCAGACGAGCUCCGCGGCGCCCUUCUGCGCGCAUCACUUCCUGCUGGAGCUGGAAGUGUCCCCCUUGAAGAAGAGUGCACAGGUGGAGGUCACCCUGAGGAGUAUGGGCCAGCCCAACAUUCAGCAGAGGCUGAAUCUGCAAAGGGAAGAGAAUAAGUACUGGAGAGUGAUGUCGGCUGAUGAGCCUCUGUGCAAGAUAGAAUCCAUCCAUCUCAAGAACACUGGAUCUUAUUUCUACAGACAGGGAGACAUACACUUUCAAUCUGUCUGCAUCUCUGAGUUUCCCAACACCGGUCAGAAAGAAGCACUCUGUGUGAGGAAUAUCCAGCUGGGCUGGAGCCGUCCAUGGUCCCAUGACUUUGUGCAGCUGUGUGAUAUGGACUGAGAGCUGCUUGUUCCCUUCACAGCACUGAGAGGAAAUGGUCACAUGUAUCCACAAUGCGUGUGUAUCAGUCUACAGCACACCACAAGUAAUUCACACAUAACUAUACAUAUAUCUGUCCACACAACACCACACCACAAAUAAUUUACACGUAACUAUACAUGUAUCUGUCCGCACCGCACCACAAAUAAUUCACACGAAGCUAUACAUGUAUCUAUCCACAGCACACCACAAAUAAUUUACACGUAACUACACAGGCAUACCCCGAAUCCGCGUCCAUGCAUACCAGCCCUUACAUGCAUCGUACAUGCACACAUAUGCACGCACACAUAAACACACGCAUGCAAACAUGCACGCAUACACACAAAUGCACGCAGUCACACACAUGCACACAUAAACGCACAAAUGCACACACGCACGCACGUUCACACUCACAAAACACACAACCACACAAAUACACAUACACACCCACACAAACACACACUCAUACACAUGUGCACACACGUACACAUAGCCAAGCUAAACACUGUACACAAAAAUAUGCCUUUAAAAUGAUAAAUACUGUUGAAUAUAUUUUUCUUCAUGUACCAGAAGCGCUUAACAUUGUCCUGUUGUUGGUCCCUGAAAUUGUCCUGACUCCUGACUUCUCACAUUCAGAUUGACUUCACCACACUUAGGGAUAAUGGGGCUAAAUUGGGCAAACUUUUCUUUUUCAUCCUCUCUGUGCCCUGGACUCUCAUAUGGCAACAAAGUUGGUCAGGGUGAUUAGACCAGGCUGCACUGUAUAACAAUGGCGCAGACAUGAUGUCAUUUUAUCCGAGAGCUUUGUGGAAAAACACUUGUGAGAACAAAUGAUCACAUUGAAAUGUUCUAGCUGAUAUUGCGUUUCUAUAACCAGCGCGUUACAAAUACACGGUGUGUAAAUACAAAAUUCAUGAAACUUGUGGAAUUGUGUCAUUACAUGUAAAGACUUCCUGAACAUUGAUUCAUGCAGACAAAAACCUAUAUACUGUUACGGCUACAUUCUCCAAAACAUUUCUUUACAAUUUCCUUUGUUAAACCCCCGCCCCCCCCC